UCUUCUAGAAACCCAUCUAGAACCUCCACCCUCUGACACCAUGGUCAACUCCUGUUGUGGCUCUGUCUGCUCUGAGCAGAGCUGUGGCCCGGAGAGCUGCUGCUGCCCCAGCUGCUGCCAGACCACCUGCUGCAGGACCACCUGCUGCCGCCCCAGCUGCUGUGUGUCCAGCUGCUGCAGGCCCCAGUGCUGCCAGUCUGUGUGCUGCCAGCCCACCUGCUGCCACCCCAGCUGCUGUGUGUCCAGCUGCUGCAGGCCCCAGUGCUGCCAGUCUGUGUGCUGCCAGCCCACCUGCUGCCACCCCAGCUGCUGCAUCUCCAGCUGCUGCCGCCCCUCUUGCUGUGAGUCCAGCUGCUGCCGCCCCUGCUGCUGCCUGCGUCCAGUCUGUGGCCGGGUAUCCUGCCACACCACUUGCUAUCGCCCAACCUGUGUCAUCUCCACCUGCCCCCGCCCCAUGUGCUGCACCUCUUCUUGCUGCUAAACUCUCCUUGUGAUAUUUGUCAUACUAUGAAUGUCUUCAUUAGUCAUAUAAAAUGCUCUGUAGCUAGCCAGUCACUGGAAAAAUGACACUUCCUUGUCAAGUUGUCUCAUGUGGCAUUCAGAGUGGCCAUUCAGUUCUUCUAGGAAAUGACAGACAUAAACACAUUCAUUAAAAUAUGUUAUACCAGACCCCACUGUGGUUAUUUUUAGAUAACCAGUGUCUUCAUUCUAAGGGGACACUAACUGUGAUGAUCUCAUAUAAUAUUGUUUUCAUAUAUUAAUAAACAGCCA